AUGGGUAUCCUCAGCGUAGACUUGCUGAUCACACUCCAAAUUCUGCCAGUAUUUUUCUCCAACUGCCUCUUCCUGGCGCUCUAUGACUCGGUCAUUCUGCUCAAGCACGUGGUGCUGCUCUUGAGCUGCUCCAAGGCCGCUCGCAGGGAGUCGCGUCGCAUGCUGACCUCAGAGGGACUGCGGUGCGUCUGGAAGAGCUUCCUUCUGGAUGCCUACAAACAGGUGAAACUGGGUGAAGAUGCCCCCAAUUCCAGCGUGGUGCACGUGUCUAACCCUGAAGGAGGUGAAAGUGGUACCCAGGAAAAGACACCUGAUGGGGCUGAGUGCCAUCUUCUUGACUUUGCUCAUGCCGAUCGCCCACUAGUGGUCAACUUCGGAUCCGCCACUUGACCGCCCUUCACCAGCCAGCUGCCAGCCUUCCGCAAACUGGUGGAAGAGUUCUCCUCGGUGGCUGACUUCCUGCUAGUCUACAUCGACGAGGCCCACCCUUCCGAUGGAUGGGCGGUGCCCGGGGACUCCUCUUUGUCUUUUGAGGUGAAGAAACAUCGGAACUUGCAAGAUCGAUGCGCAGCAGCCCACCAGCUUCUGGAGCGUUUCUCCUUGCCGCCCCAGUGUCGAGUUGUGGCUGACCGUAUGGACAAUAACGCCAACGUAGCUUAUGGGGUAGCCUUUGAACGCGUGUGCAUUGUGCAGAGACAAAAAAUUGCUUAUCUAGGAGGAAAGGGCCCAUUCUGCUACAACCUUCAAGAAGUCCGGCGUUGGCUAGAGAAGAAUUUCAGCAAGAGAUGAAUUCUAGAUUAG